CCAUGGCUCUUUUCUUUAUUCUCGGCCCGUGUUUGUGUUGAGAAGAUGACCGGAAGAAUUGUCGGUGUGACCGACAUACGAAUGGAGAAGGGAUUUAGUUUCAUUACCCAAAUAUCCUUCUAGCCCAAAACUUGCUCCAUGCCCAAGUUUUUAGGGCCCCACCGAACUCCAAAGCGCCCAUCUAGAGCUGGUCUCAUACUCAUCCUACCGGUACUUCCAACCGCACCCCUCUUCGCAAUCGAUGGACCCCGACACCGAAAUCCAAUUCGAGUUCUUCCCUUUCAUCCGCCAGUACAAGAGCGGCCGCACCGAACGCUUCUUUCCCAUCGACAAAGUUCCCUCAACUGUCGAUCCCGUCACCGGCGUCACCUCCAAAGACGUCGUCAUCGACCCCGACACCGGCGUCUCCGCCCGCCUUUACCUCCCCAAUCUCCACGACACCCCUCCGAAAAAGCUUCCAGUCUUCGUCUACUUCCACGGCGGAGGCUUCGUCAUCGGCUCCGCCUUCAGCCCCACCACCCACGCAUACCUCAACUCCCUCGUAGCCCGAGCCAACGUCAUCGCCGUCUCGGUGGACUACCGCCUGGCCCCGGAGAACCCGCUUCCCACAGCCUACAACGACUCCUGGGCGGUGCUGAAAUGGAUAGCCUCCCACGCCCCUGGCGGCGGCGCCGAGACAUGGCUGGCCGAGUAUGGAGACUUCCAACGCGUCUACUUGGCGGGGUGCAGUGCGGGGGCCAACAUAGCCCACCACAUGGCGCUGCGCGCCGGAGCGGAGGAGCUCGAAGGUGGGGUGAGAAUAGAAGGGGCGAUAUUGGUCCAUCCCUAUUUCUGGGGGAACAAAGCAUUUGAUGCAGAGAUGGUGAAGAAGAGGGCGGAUUGGUUCUGGACAUUAAUCUGCCCCGGGACUGUGGGGCUGGCCGACCCGUUGAUUAACCCGGUGGCGGAGGCGGCGCCGAGCUUGAAGGGAUUAGCGUGCGAGCGAGUGCUGGUUUGUGUCGCAAAGUUUGAUUUAUUGAGGGAGAGCGGGAGGGAGUACUACGAGGAGUUGAAGGGAAGUGGAUGGGGAGGGGAGGUAGAGUUGUUUGAGUCGGAGGGGGAGGAUCAUGCGUUCCACGUCCGGAAGCUCAACUCUCAGAAAGCCUUGGAGUUGAUGGAGCGGGUGGUUGCGUUCGCAAAUGGUAAUUGAACGCUCUUUGGAAUUGUGGAUUCUGGAAAGGCGUUUUUAUUUUUUUUCGUUUUCUUUGUUUUUUUUUUCCAGAAAUCCGAGUUUUUUUUUUUUUGAUGCGACGCCUGAAAUCCUAGUUUCUCUCCCACUUCUGAAGACGGUGGAUCCCAUCAGAAAAAUUUGCUAGAUUUCAUGUUAUGUUUGGGCUAUAUGUGUCAUUUUGCUUCUUCAUGUUUUUUUCUUUUUUUGGUAUCAUCCUAAUGUCUUAGUUGCC